AUGUCGCACGUAGCCAACAAUGGCGCCGAUGACGUCAGCGCGUGUAUGGGGCUCAUUCUUAGGAUGUGGAGGUACAAACAGCCUGGCUUUGCUUUGCAUCUCCUUUGUGAGCUACAGAAACAGCAGCAAUGCAGCCUUCACUGUGAUUUACUUCUGCAGACAGAGGGUGUAUCCAUUCCCGCCCAUAGCUGUGUGUUGUCUGCCCUCAGUCCAGUUUUUUAUAGAGCCUUUUCCAACGCUCCUUCACUUCCUGUGGGCCAAAGUAGACUAGUACAGUUGGAGGCAAUAGGAGCUCAUGCCCUGAUGAAGUUGGUUGGGUUUAUGUACUCAGGUGUGAUGGAGGGAGAGAGCUUGGAUGAACAGCAAGAAGUGAUUGACAUUGCCUGCAGGCUGGGCUUCGGUAAUUUUAUGGAAGAGAAGCAAAAGCAGGUGAACAGGCACCAGAAUAAAACUGCAAGUUGGAGGGAGAUUGGCCUGCAGACAGAAGACACAGAAGGGAGAAAGAAACUGAACUUUUCUCAUUCAGGAACUCAGACAGACAGCACUGAAACUCAAUUCGUAGACACCUGUGUUGCAUCAGAGCCAGAGCUGUCUAUAGACCUGCCUGAUGAAUUAACUGAUGUUGCGAGAGAAUAUAACAGCAUUUCUCCAGACACUGGUCUUGCCCGGAUUGAUGAGAUUGUUGCUCACUCUCCUUCACAAAGCACUGAAGCGUUGGGAGGCACACAGAUCUCGCUGAAGAUUAAACUGAAGAGGCAGAGGAGUGGGGCAUUAUGGGAAAUUGUUAGUGUCCAAGAAGAGAGUACAGGUGAUGGAUCAAAAACUUGUGGAUCCUCGGAUGACCCACCAAUGACGCACAGUCUUGCUGAGGUAACAGCUCAGGGUCAGAUUCAUGGUUCUCUUCUGUCAUAUCUUGUAUAUCUUUUUGCUUCUAUCUUGUUUCUCUCUGGUGACGCCAUUCUCACACAGACCCAUAAGAGGUCUGCAGAAGUCCAGCUGAGCCCCUCUCCCUCAUUGACUUGUCAGAAUCUGGAAACUGUCACGCUCACACCUCCCUCAGAGCUGACCACACCUCUUCCUGCUACACCAAUCAGGCCACCUUCAGAGCACUUUUGUCCCCAUGCCCCUGAUCCCUCUCCUUUCUCCUCCACUUUACAAAUGCCACCUCUACCACCAGAUUUUUCACAGCCUGAAGAGUCCAUCAAACAUAUCGCAAAGCUGUUAGAAAUGGUCACAGUUGGAUUAAACAUCUUGCCCUCGGUCACGAUGGAGGGGAACAGCAGCAUGCCUACACAACUGGAUCAAAAACUGGAGAAGUGUCCAGCUGUUACUAAUUCACCAGCUUCAUAUUUUUGUUUGCUUGGCCAUAAUCUAGGAGCUGUGGAAUCUGGGACAACAUCAGGCCCUUCUGAACAAAGAGAAGCAGGCCCUGAGGACCUUGCUAGUUGCAGAAAAUGGGAUCUUAAGAAUGUUGCAUCAGUGGCAAGUAACCCAACAUCGUUUUCCAGUACCUCUCCAUGCACGGCACAAAAGAAAAAUAUUGAUUCAUCAUUUACACCACCAUGCCCCAUGACAGAUAUUUUGCCACCUAGGCAUCAAAAUGUAGUUGAAUUGAAGUCUGUUUUAAAUAACAUCUUUUGUGCGGCAGAUACUUAUGCACAGGUAAGAAAGCAGACAAGUGAAGACUGUGGUACACAAACUCACACCAGUAAUAAUCCCACACCAGUAGGAGGACAGUGUACAGAAGAGAUUCAUGUAACAGAUCAAGUGUCACUCUGGCAAUCAUCAGAUGUUGGUCAAGCCCCAGAUUCUGAUAAUUGGGGGGAUUUCAGCGAGAUGAGGCUCCCAAGAUGUCUUUCACCUCUUCCAUCAGAAGCAGGCGAAGUAACUGGUAUCUCUACCCAAGACCUUUUAGGACCUCUGGAAUGUUCUUCAUGCCUUUCUGCAUCACAUGUCAACCUUCAGCCAACAUUGAGAUACACGUCUUCUCCAGUUCAGCCCCAAGCACAUCCUGGUGAAACUGUCCAACAGAAUUUAUCAUGUACUUCUCAACAUGUAAAUGAGAUACACUGCUCAGGGGUACGAAAGAAAUCAUGCCCUUUAAGAUCAAAUAGAGAUCACAAUGGAGGAGUCAGUGAGUAUAAAUCAAAAGAGAAAAAGAUAAAAAUGCCAGAUUUUAAGAAUGACCUGAGAAAGGGGACAGAAGACAAAAUGCUUGACAGACAACUGAAUGAAUCAGUGGUCCGAAGCGUAUCUACAGCAGCACAUAGUGUUGAAUCUGAUAAUGAGCCUUAUAGAAAAAAAGCAAAAGUUAAUUACCCAAAUGACACACAAGCAGAGAAGAUAGUAGAUCCCUGUAAUGCUAAAAUGAAUAUAAGACAAAUUGAUAAUGUACAAGACAUUAGCAACCCUGUAACCUCUGAGAAAAUGGAUUGUCUAAAGGCUGCCAAGACAAGAAACACAGUCCCAAUGGAUCAGAAAUCUCAUGAGAACAUGGUACUCUGUCAGAUAAGUCCACCUUUCAAGUGUAAAGGUCAAGAGGCAUGUCAAAAAGAUGUUUGGGAUACAAAACUACCUGCCUCUUUGGUAACAAAACGUGGACUUGGGAUGCCUGUCCAAAAAAGGACAUGCACUAUAGCUCAGAUGGAAGACUUAAGCAAAAUAAGUGAACUCAACAGUUCAGCUCCAGUCCUUAACGCUUCAUCUUCUUGCAGCCAUCAUGACUUACAGAUAACACAAAUGAGCAAAGAAAAUGUGCCAAGACAUGGGAAUAGGAGGCCCUCUAAUGUACAACAUCCUUUAGGCUUUGCACAAAACAUAACUAAAGUCAAGGAUGUCUUCAAUGAAUGUGAAAAGAACAAUCUACCAGAACCAGAAAAGAAAAAUCUCUUCACAGAGCCUAAGAAAGUUACGCCAGAUGUGAGCCUGAACAGAGAAGAAAACAAACAGCCCGAAAUGUUUGCUAGUCUCGCUAAGAAGAAAGGGUUUUGUGAUGAGAUUUUCCAUCAGACUGUUUUCAGGCCAGACCCCACUGUCACCCAGCAUUUUCAUGUUAAUCAACAACAAUCGGUUUUGCAGUCAUCUGAUAGAAAAAUCAGGACUAAUUUAUCUCCAAAUCUUGUCUGUAAGAAGAUCAGACAACCUCCAGAGCCUGAGGACCUGAGUGCUGAGUUAAAGAUGGACAGCAAUAAACAGAAAAAGAAAGAUACAACUGAAGAAACUGAGAUAGGGAAAGGAGUACCAAGGACUAAUAAACCUGAUGAUAUGUUAAACAAAUCUGAAGUGGAAAACGUGAAUUCAAAAAACAGAGCUGACACUGAACAAGAUGAAUGUUCAUCCAGAAAUGUAAAUGGAUGUUUGGUGAAUGGAAACUUUGUAAGAGAAGCUGAGAUUAGUGUGAAUACUGGUUUAUCCAUUCAUGAGGUUGUUGAUCUAAAUGCUGCUUCUUGUUUGUGUACAAUUCCAACAGUAAGGGACUUUAACAAUCAUUUUGGAAUGGAAAAUCAUCUGCAGCUUGAAUCAUCUACAACAUUACUCUGUCCCUUUAGACCUGAAACCAUGAUGGAGAAACCAAAAGUAGAUGAACAAAUUACAGAAAGUCUUUGUGAAGUUUCUAACAAGCCAACAGAGGACAAAUUAGUCAAGACCAAAGAGCUGCAUUCUGAAGGGACUGGGAAUCAAAUUGGUAAUCUGGAAGGACAAGAAAUAGAAAAAAAAGAGAAUGCAGUAAGGAGAACGGAACAUGUGGAAAUAAGUAGAAUGAAUGAUAAUGAGGCUGAAAUAAGUGAUAUUGACAUUGAUGUAGUGGAUGAGAGUCUACAGCUGGUUACAGAUCAUGGAGAUGAAGUGAUUGCUACAGUGGAAAACGUUGGUGAUGUAGAGGAAAACCAAAUUGUGAUGGAUAAUGAUGGACAAGCUCUUGCUCGCGAGGAAGAAUUAAAUGGACAGCAGGUUUUAAGGACUGAAGUUGAAGUCAUGCCACCAGAUGAAGCUAUGACUUCAGAGAUGAUAAAUACUGAAGCAUCCUCUAUUCCACAUGGAGAAGGACCUGAUCUCAGCAGCUUCCCAGUCGAUACCGUAAGUUCAUCAGCAGUGUUUCUGCCAAAUCUGAACACUGAGUCAGCAGAGGACUACAGCAGUGCUGAAGAGGAGCUUGUUGUGGAUGACAUCUCUGACUCUCCUCAUCAGCCAUGCACUGUAGUUGGUACUCAGUGCAAAAUUAUUCUGGAAGAAGAGGAUGAGUGGAGGGAUGAAGAAGAAGAUGAGGUUGAUGUGACUGGAGAGGAAUCAAAUUGAACAUACUUUGCAAGCACCAGAAUAUUUUUCAACUCAGUCUAACAAAGGAUUUAGCACUGGUACAUUUCUGUUUAUUUUUGAUGUAAUUUAUUAUUAUUAAGAUUAUUUAUGUGUAUGUAAAUGCUUGAUUUAUGCAGAUAGGUGUUGGAUAAAUUCAUUUGUGUACAUUUUUUCCUGCACUAACAAAACACCAAUAACUUUAUAUUAUUUUUGUUUUUCUCUUGGUUUGGCCAUUAAUUAAAGCCUACAGUUUGUGGAAACAGCAUUUCUGUCAUAAAAGUCGAA